GAAGAGGGAAUCCAAUCCUUGUGGUUACUUCUGAAGUUUUAUGUGAACUAGUACCAACACACGAAAACGUAGAUCAAGUAUUGAUUAAUUUAAUUCAGAUAUUUAUACAUAUUUACGUGUCCUUACAUUGAUGUCACCAGCCUGUGGGAUGCUGCCGGACAAGACACCACUGUUCGAGCCGACUCUGCUACAGGAGCUGGACUGGAGCAGCAACACUGUGUCCUUCUCUCCUCCUAUCUCCCCUUCCCAGCCGGGGGACGGCCUGGUCCUUAGGCCGCUGUGCACAGCCGACUUCAACAGGGGAUUCUAUAGGGUGCUAUCCCAACUCACAACCGUCGGUGAUGUUACACCAGAGCAGUUUAUCAAGAAAUUUGAGCACAUGAAAAAGACUGGAGAUUACUAUGUUAUCGUGGUGGAGGACACAAACCUUGAACAGAUCGUUGCAACGGCUACAUUGAUCACAGAACACAAAUUCAUCCAUUCAUGUGCAAAGAGAGGCAGGGUGGAGGAGGUGGUGGUCAGUGAUGUAUGUCGGGGGAAACAGCUGGGUAAACUGUUAGUGGCGACCCUCACUCUUCUCAGCAAAAAACUGGAUUGCUAUAAAAUAACACUGGAAUGUGCACCCAGCAACGUGGCCUUCUACAAUAAGUUCAGUUACUCCGCGUCAAACGAGACCUACAUGCAGUGCCGCUUCAUGGAUUGAGGUCAAAAUAUGUCCUGUCUGGGAUUUGACUUGAAGGAAUUGGUACAAGAACAUUAUCGCAUUGAUUGAAAAUCCUAGAAAUAACUUCAAUGUCGUUGGCCCACCAUCAGUCACUGUCCCUCUGGUCUAUGAGCUACCUCACCUGGGAAGAGAUUUGAUAUUGUGUCCAUGGCUUCUCAAAAAAGGAAUUCCAAUCCAUUCUGAAAUUUGGGGACUUCUGAAAGUGCAAUAAAGUCCUUUUUGCGCCUCAUGAAACA